AUGGUUCCAUUCAAAGGAUUCAACAGUAAGACUCAGACUGAUGUCACUUAUCUCAUUAGAACAUUAGCCAGUGUCUACAUACCUGUAGCUAGUAAAACAGCUACACAGACUUACCUUUCAGAGUUAAAGGACAUUGCAAAACUGACUGGCAAAGACUUUGCAGCUGUCCUCAGGGAUGAGCUCUCCGUCAUCAGUGAGAAUGUCGAUCUCGAUCAAUCAGAAACCCAAGAUGAGGAUGUGGAAGAGAACUCACGAAAGACACAGCCUGCUCUGAAACUUUCUGACGUCAACCCACCUGACAUUCAAAAAGUAAUCGUCGAGCACAUAGUGAGAAAUGAAGACUCUGCUCUGCAGGUGCAUACUUCUUUGAGACUCAGACCCUUCUCUGGGCGUUCCCCCAGAUCCAACAAUGAAGUGGAUUAUGAGACAUGGCGUUCCAAUGUGGAACUUCUUCUUAAAGACACAACACAGUCUGAUCUUUACAAGUCCCGAAAGCUUCUUGAAAGUCUCUUAUCGCCUGCUAUCGAUAUUGUGAAGCACCUAACACCUGAAUCUCCCCUUAAUGUGUACUUGGAGAUCUUGGACUCUGCGUUCGGCACUGUCGAGGACGGAGAUGAUCUUUUCGCAAAGUAUCUUAACACAAUGCAGGAUAACGGUGAGAAAUCCUCGGCUUAUCUACAAUGGCUGCAGGUGAUGCUGAACACCACCCUCAGGAGGGGAGGCGUAAACGCAAGUGACCUUGACCGGCAUCUGCUUAGACAGUUUGUCAGAGGCUGCUGGGACAACACUUUGAUAGCUGAACUUCAGCUGGAACAAAAGAAACAGAAGCCACCUACCUUUGCUGAACUUCUCCUGUUACUCCGCACAGCAGAAGAUAAAUGUACUUCCAAAGCAUCCCGCAUGAAACAACACCUCAAUAUUUCGAAGCCAAGAGUGUCUUCUUCUUAUCAAGGUGUUUAUGUGCAGAGUGAAGACUGCAACCCAUCUCAGCCAGCUCUUGAUCACAGGUCCGAAAUCCAAGACCUAAGGAAACAAAUAGCUGAUUUACAGUCCCAGCUCACACGUAUCACACAGAAGGAUGGUAGAAAGACUAAAUCAGCUGCCAGACUAGUAGCUCCCCACACAGCCAUCACUCCACCAUCUCAAAGACUUCACCACAGCCGUGAUGCAAACAACAACACAAGCAAUAGACCAAAGCCCUGGUAUUGCUUUAGAUGUGGAGAGGACGGACAUAUUAAGCCUCAGUGUGAGAGUGAGUCGAACCCAUCCCUUGUGGCUGAGAAGAGGAAGCAGUUAAAAGAAAAACAGCUAAAAUGGGACAUUGAAAAUGGUGUUUCAAAAGCCGAUCAUUAG